CGUGUCCGCGGCGGGCUCGGGGAAGGCCCCGAGUUAAUGAGGCGGACGCCGGCUGCCGAGCGCCUCUCGGAGCUGGGUCUUCCCCCGCGGCGCGGGCGCCAGGAGCCGCCUUUUCCGCUGGGUGUCACUCGGGGGUGGGGAGGGUGGCCCAUUGAAAAGCGCCGCGAGGGGGCCCGGCCAGUGCCCUUCAGUGAGCGCUCGCGGGAGGACGGCAGGGAGCAGCCGGCUCGCCGCUCCGGGAUCUUGUGGCGCGUCAGGACGCGGCUGUCCCUGUGCCGGCACCCCGAACCGCCACCGCCACCGCCACCGCCACCGCUCUGCCUCCUGCGAGUCAGCCUCCUCUGCGCUCUCCGGGCCGGCGGCCGCCGAAGCCGCUGGAGUGAGGACGGCGCGCGGCUGCUACUGCUGCCGCCCCCAGCCCGGGCAUCUGGAAGCCGAAAGGCCGAGCGGAGCAGCAGCAGCAUCAACAGCAGCAGCAGCAGCAGCACCCCUUAUGCCGGAAGGAUGCUGGAGAGCAGCGGCUGCAAGGCGCUGAAGGAAGGCGUGCUGGAGAAACGCAGCGACGGGCUGCUGCAGCUCUGGAAGAAGAAGUGCUGCAUCCUCACCGAGGAAGGGCUGCUGCUCAUCCCGCCUAAGCAGCUGCAACAGCAGCAGCAGCAACAGCAACAGCAGCAACAGCAGCAGCAGCAGCAGCAGCAGCCCGGGCAGGGGACAGCGGAACAGUCCCAACCUAGUGGCCCCGCCGUCGCCGGCCUUGAGCCGCCAGUCAAGCUCAAGGAAUUGCACUUUUCCAACAUGAAGACUGUGGACUGCGUGGAGCGCAAGGGCAAGUACAUGUACUUCACUGUGGUGAUGGCGGAGGGCAAAGAGAUCGACUUUCGGUGCCCCCAGGACCAGGGCUGGAACGCGGAGAUCACGUUGCAGAUGGUGCAGUACAAAAACCGUCAGGCGAUCCUGGCGGUCAAGUCGACGCGGCAGAAGCAGCAGCACCUGGUCCAGCAGCAGCCUCCGCAGACGCAGCCGAUCCAGCCCCAGCCCUCGUCCCAGCCCCAGUCCCAACCGCAGAUCCAGCCUCAGUCGCAGAUGCAGCCCCCGCCGCAGAUGCAGCCCCCGCCGCAGAUGCAGCCCCAACAGCUACCCAAGCCUCAGCCCCAACAGCUCCACUCCUACCCGCAUCCUCAUCCUCACCCUCACCCUCAUCCUCACCCGCACCAGCACCCGCACCCGCACCCGCACCCACACCAACUCCAGCACGCGCACCAGCCUCCUCCUCACUCGCAGCCGCACGGCCACCGGCUUCUCCGCAGCACCUCCAACUCUGCCUGAAGAGGGCGGCACCCCGGCCACUCAAGGUUUUGAGGACUCCGGGAAGCGGGACACAUGCAUUGCUGUGGUGUUCACUUGGAUCAAAAACAA